GGGGUGGGCAGGGAGUUAAUUAUCAUAGAGUGCUUCUAGGAGACAAAUGGCUGUGACUAGGAGACAAACUGAAAGGUGAAUGCCUCGACAACUCCUGGUGAAUCCAAGCUACAGACCUGGAUUCAAAAUGCAUGGGUUACGAUAUGACUGACCUGCUAAAAUCUGCAUUUCUACCGACGUGUAUAUUUUGCUAAAGUGGUGCUGGGUUAAGGGACAUAACGGGGUGAGAAAAGGACUUAUAAGGAGAGGCAAAAACAGCCACAGGUCACUGUUCGUGUAUGUAUGAUCAAACGCUGUAGAACAGAGGUCCAGCAGUUAACCAAUUGGAGCAGAACCUAAAGGUUAAUUCCGUUUAAGUGAGAACUACGAUUACCGAUUCUUUGGAAAUGGCUUCCGACUCCACAUCUCCAGUCCAUCCGCCGACCUCUCUAUCUCCAUCAGGUCUUCACCUCCCAGAAAGUCUGACAGAGCGGGCGCGCUCCCCCUCCCCAAUGAGGGGCUUCCUCAUCCCCAGCCCACUGCCAACUCGCAGGACCAGGACGAUCUCUGCGGCUGCACGAGCAGCAGAAGGACCCACUUACAAAGGGAUCUGUAAGUGCUUUUCCCGUUCGAAAGGCCAUGGGUUCCUCACCCCUGCAAAUGGUGACCCGGACAUCUUCGUGCACAUCUCAGAUAUUGAAGGAGAAUAUGUGCCAAUGGAAGGCGAUGAGGUUUCUUACAAGGUCUGCAACAUUCCUCCUAAAAACCAGAAGCUGCAGGCCGUGGAAGUGGUGAUCACCCACCUCGCACCGGGAUCGAAACACGAAACGUGGUCGGGUCAUGUCUUCAGUUCCUAAAGAUGCUGAGACGUCCUCUCCAGCAGAAGAGGAGCUUCAUACGUUUCGACGUGAGCCAAUACCCGAGUGAAAUGUUUAUGCUGUGUGCAUUCUAACAGAUUACUUGCAGAACUACAAACUGGUAAUUUUUACAAAACUUUUAAGACCCUUCCCCUUACCCCGCCCAAGAAUUGUGCUUUGAGCGAUUCAUUAGAGUAGUUGGUUGCAUUUCCAAUUACUUUACUGAUAACACUUCCAGGAAAUGCUGUCUCAGCCAGUGAAUAUAGGUGUGAAGCUUUCCAUUGGGGAUCCAUGUUUCAGCAUUUCGUUUCGUUUCUAGUCCCACCUGUAGAAUGUGCAGCGUUUUGAGAAGGUGGGUAACUUGUUCCAAGACCUCUCCAAAUCGAUCACUAGAGGAUUUGAGAGCAGUUUUGGGAAUGACUUCCUCUAAAUUCUCUCACCAUUCCUUUAUCCAGCCUCAUUAAUCCAUUGAAUACAAUUCAAAGGAUACAGAAGAUAAAAAUUCAAGGUAUUAAUCUCAGGUAGUGGGUUUUUGUGACUGCUGUGAUAUAUUGCUUUGCCUUCUUGCUGUCGUACAGUAUAUAGUUACCCUUAAACCCUUGAUGGGAUUACUAUCUAACGAUCACAUCCAGGUGAUUUGUUACUCGGUAUGCAUUUGAGUAAACUGUGCCAUGUGCAUGAACUAAACUUUUCUCAACGCCUUCCCCCAAUCAGUUUUAUUUUAAUUCUAUCUUGUACAUUCAUGUUCACCAUAUUAAGAAUCCCACUUUAACAUUACUGAUAUGUGUAGUAUUUUAUACUUAAUACCGUGCCCAAACUUUUUGGCAUGUUGGUUUAUGUAAUGGGAGAUCAUCCAUCGGGCUUGAAUCGUUUUCUGAGCCUGUUACUAGCUGGCAUUAAAAGGCAAGAUUCUAGAUAAAAAGAUAAGGAUUCGCUGAAACAUAUUGACUAACAGUUCUUGAUUUGGUGUGCAGUAUCAAAGAUCAAGAGCAAUCGAUUUACUGUGGAAAUGAAUUUGAAUAUUUUCUUGAUUAUAGCCUUUUGAAACAAUUAAAGUAUGUGCAUGAGGUUCACAUUAACAGAUAGUUUGACUAAGGUGGUAGUGUUUUUUUAACUGCACCACAAGAAGCAUUAUUCUGUGCCUUUCUCAUUAUCCUCAUGUUGUGGGAAGAAUAUUUUAAUUUGCAGGUCCCUCAGUGCCUUAUUCUUCUGAUAACACUACUGUCUUUUGAAGCCCCAGGCAAGCAUGAAUGCAUUUUACCCUUUUGAUAAAUGACUGAAGUCAUUGCUCUGUAUUUACAGAUCUAUACACUUAAUAUACUUUAGCAUGUGUUGUACGAUUUAAAAUCCACUACAUUUACCAAUUGUAAUUAAGUUUUGAACCAACGUGUUAAAAGAUCAGGAAUAAUGUGUAAUGGAAAUGUAAUGUUUUGGGAAUUUAUUUUUCUGCCACUUUGAAGAUCACAAUUGUUUUUCAGAUGGUAAUUCAAUCUGUAAGGAUGGUCUGUGAUAAAUGUAAUGCUGAAAACUUGUUGUGGGUGUGAAUACAACUUAAGUGCAUUUGAAUAAAGGGGAAAAUAUGA